CAAGUGCUUGUGAAGUAGGAAGCAAAUUGUUGCAUUACAUGUCUUCAAUAGUUGCAUGAAUAGAUGACCAACGUUCAUUAAGAUGUCGACGUCAACGCAGGUGCAAAACACCAUUGGACAUUAGGAGUCCAUCCGGGACAAUAUUUGUAUCAUUUGUUAAUUAUUACGCUCGCCAUGACAGAAACUGUCGCAGGAGGAGGGGCUCCACUUCCCCCAAAGAGACCAACGAUUAUCAGGCCAUCAACAGCAGCGUGUACAAAUGGAAAUGAGCCAAAAAGACCAGUCCCAUCUCGCCCUGCGCCUGCCAGGCCACCACCCUCCCCCAAAGGGGGGGGCGGGGAUGGAGCGAGACCAUUACCCCUAGUACCAAGCAGACCUCCUCCAAAGCCCAGUGAUGGAAGUGGUGAAUCCCGAAGACCUGCAGUGCCUCCAUCAAGUGCCUCCAAAAUCCCUCCACGACCAUCAGCAGAGAAGCCCAAUAUCUCAAGGGGAUCUGUUAAAAAACGUCCAGAAAUAACAAUUGUAAGUGCAAAGCCGAUGAGCCAAGUUGGAUUCCGCGAUGAAAAGGAGAGUCCAAAGCCAGAAGAGAAACCUGCAGACAGUUCUGUAUCCAGACCUCCACCUCGACCAGUUUCUUCAUCUCAUGCUGCUGAGCAGGGCAACAAUGCUCCAAUGCGACCUCGACCUCCAACGAAUCAGAUUCGACCACCCCCUCCGAACAAGUCCAGCACAUCGAGUCAGCCCUGUCGUCAACAAAAUCUGCUGGAUGAUGACACUGAGCAGUCCGGCCUGCCUCCCCCGAUGGCGUUAUUCAACCCAUCCCCAGGGAGUCUGGUAAACGUUGAGGGGGAGCAUCCACCAGCCCCUCCACCCAGGACGGAUCUCCUGGGAGACACAUCUCUGCCUUCAUCUCACCCUGUGCCUUCCUCCAGACCUCCUCCUCCCACAAGGCCUGGAUUUGUCAAACAAGAUGACAAGCCACCCAUUCCAGCCCGAGGCGCCCCCGCGGAUCUGUCACCCCCUGAUGGAGUACCUCGGGGAGUUCCUCCAAUCCUUGGGUCCAGACCAAUAUUCGGUCAAUCUGACGGUGGUGAUGAGGAUAGCAGUAGAUCCCAGCCUCCUAAGCCCUCUAAACCAACCAUCAUUAGACCGACAAAACCACUGCCUAGUCCUCGAGAAGAAAACAAAAGUAUUUCAUCAAGGCCAGUUGUAGCGAGUAAAAAUGCUGCUGAAGAGAGUAAGAGUGGAGUUGAACAAUCUGUGAUACAAAAGUCAGACAGUAGUAAUAGUUUAGCUAAUGAACCAGAGCCUCAGUAUGCAAGAAUUGAUAAACCAAAACCAAGACCAAAUAUUAUUGGACGACCCAAAAGGGAUCCUGAUCAAAAUGAAAGUGAUGCAGGUCAAGGGUUACCAUUUAAGGUUAAAUUACGAUCAACCGUGCAGACUUCUAAUGAAAAUCUCUCCGAGGAAAAAGGUGAGGCAUGUCCACCUGUGCCACCCAAACUCUACGUGGAAGGUGGUCAACCAUCUCCAACAAAACCCAGACCAACAGUCCUGCCCAGACCUAAACCUUCACCUGACAUCGAGGAAAAGAAGAAAGUGGGUGAUGAUUGUAGAGAUGACAAGAUGCAGGCAUCUCCACCACAACCAGCUGCUAAGAGACCUACAAUAAUCCGACCACCACCCAAACCCAAACGUCUGCAUGAAUCAGAGGGGACUACAGAUGAGGACAGUAAAGAUAAAGAUGCAGAUGUGACGAUGAAAAACAUGCCCCCUGUUCCAGCCAAAAGGCCAAGCUCAGUUGUAGGGUUGUCUAGUGAAGUGUCUCGCAAAGAUCCAAAACAGGAUGGAUCCACAUCACCAAGACCAGUUCCUGCUAAGCGACCUGUGUCCAUUGCUGCAAGAUUUGAACAGCAGGUAGAUAAUGAAAAACAACCUGUUCCAGUAAAGAGACCAUCACUUCCAAGAAAGUCUUCAUCUGGAUCACCAAGGGAAGAUUCCGAGUCAGGUAGAAGUGGCACAGAAGAGGAAGCAUCUCCCAAACAUGUUCCUCUGAAGCCAAGAGCCAAGCGGAGAUCGGUACCUGGUGACAGUUCCUCCCCUGAUGAUAAGUCUCCCCGAGAUCCUCCUUCAGUUAGACCUGCAGCAAGCCCUGAAGGUACACCUGCUGUAUCAAGACCUCCCCCUCCCAGGAGACAGUCCGAUAUCUCUGAUGAAGGUGUCUCCCGACCUCCCCCACCUCGUCCAUCAGGCAGACCAAUCUCCAUGACAACAUCAAAGCCAGAAGCAGCUGAAGAUGAGGAUGUGUCUCCCAAGGUGCGUCCUCCAAGACCUGCAGGAAGACCAAUGUCGAUGAUGACAUCAAAGAAGACGGAAGAAGUUUCUGCAGACGUUGAGGAGGAGUCUCCUAAGGACAAACCGCCUCGACCUGCUGGUAGGCCAAUGCCGAUGAAGGGGAAGAAGAGCACAUCAGACGAGGCAUCUAAAGAAGAGGAUGAGGACUCACCCAAGGCCAAACCUAUCCGACCUUCAGGACCUCCUCAAGGGAGACAACCCGCUGAAGAAAAGGGUGAGAAGGUGGAGAUGGGGCCGUCACGCCCCCAGGGAGGUCCACCGCGACCGAUGUCCAUGCCAGCCAAACCCCCGCCCCCCACAGGUGGGUCACCACGGAGUAAGAAGCUGCCAGUGAAGCCGUCGCCCCCCAAGGCAGGUGCCCGGACACCAGACCUCCCUCCUCGUCCCGGACCCGAUCACAUCUUGUAUCACUACACGCUGUCCGUGCCACACGCCAUCGCCACGUUCGAUUAUGAAGCAUCACAUGUUGAUGAAAUCUCGUUUAAGACUGAGGAUGUGGUGAUGUUGGUGCGGCGUGUUGAUGCUGACUGGCUGGUGGGACGAGUCGGGGCCAAGGAAGGGAUGUUCCCAGCAGGCUUUGUGGACAUCGUCCAUCCCCUACAUGACGAGAUCUCUGACUUCGCUAUAAAGCCAGACUUGCCAUUGUGGGACAGUCCUCUGCCCGUGAAGAAGUCGGCUCCCAGUAUGACAUCAGGCCCUCGGUGUGUGGCCCGGUUCGACUUUGACGGAGAAGGGAAGGAUGACCUGGUAUUUGAGGAGGGUGACGUCAUCCGCUUGGUGGGGAGGGUGGGAAGUGAGUGGCUGAAGGGGGAACUCGGGGACAGGGUCGGAAUAUUCCCCAUUUCCUUCGUGGAGAUUGUCGAGGACCUCCCAGCGGAGGACACAGUCAGCAAGUCACAAGACGGUCAUGUGACUGCUAUGUUUGACUUUGAUGGACAAGGCGAUGAACUGAGCUUCCAGGCUGGACAGAGGCUCCAGGUGGUCAGCCAGGUCAAUACGGAGUGGCUGUUCGGACAGAUGGAUGGACGGACAGGGAAGUUCCCCUCGGCCUUCAUCGACUAUAUCCCUUCAGACCUGCCUCAGUAUCAAGCAGCCAAUGAGAUCGAGGCUCAGUCACAUGAUCCUUGGUCAGCCAAUCAAAUGACAGAUGUUUCAAAUGAUGACAGUCAUAACAAGCCAAUCACAGACCCAGGUUUAGCAGUUACUGACCAAUCACAGCCCUACUGCGUGGCAAGCUUUGAUUAUGAAGGUGAACAAGAUACGGACCUGAGUUUCAAGACAGGGGAGACAAUUCAGCUGCUGGAGAAGAUCGGAAGUGACUGGUUGAGGGGGCGAUGUCACGGCAAGGAGGGCAUGUUUCCAGCAAGCUUUGUCACCAUAGAGACGGACCUGCCUGAGGCUGAAGCUGUGCCACAUGGUGAACCAACCAGUCAUAUACCAGCAGAGUCAAAGCCACAGAUCCAGGCCAGGGCAUUGUAUGACUUCCAGGGGGAAUCAGAUCAGGAACUGUCCUUCAAGGUUGGGGAUGUGAUUCUCCUUGGCGGCGACGUGGCGGGGUCGCCGGACUGGCGCUAUGGGGACCUUGAUGGGAGGUCAGGGAUGUUUCCUGCAGCAUUUGUUGAGGUCAUCAGUUGAUCUGAGGUCACUCUGGCUCCACAUUCACACCUGCACUGAGCAUACAUUUACACCUGCACUCAGCAUACAUUCACACCUGCACUCAGCAUACAUUCACACCUGCACUCAGCAUACAUUCACACCUGCACUCAGCAUACAUUCACACCUGCACUCAGCAUACAUUCACACCUGCACUCAGCAUACAUUCACACCUGCACUCUGCAUACAUUCACACCUGCACUCAGCAUACAUUCACACCUGCACUCAGCAUACAUUCACACCUGCACUCAGCAUACAUUCACACCUGCACUCAGCAUACAUUCACACCUGCACUCAGCAUACAUUCACACCUGCACUCAACACGUCUCAGAAGCCACUUCCUAUCUUUCCAUUGUUUUUCUUCAUUUUGAUGCUGAGUGCAGCUAGUUCAGUCAAACUGCAGGUGCUAAACACAUCAAAUGAUUUCAAUCAUUUUCAAAAAGGGGUGGAUGGCAUUUUUGUGUGUGCAUUGUGACAAAAUGGUAGCCAUUACAAUUUUCAGUUUGUGUAGUGAAGGAGAAAUAAGAUUUAAUGUUUUUAUUGGUUUAAUCACAGGGUAUGAAUUAAUGAUGUCUCACUUCAAGGAGGCACACGUCCCCCAGUGGUUUAAGGCACAGAUAUUUGCUAUGCAGAGUUGAGUUUCUUAGGCAUGCCAGGAUCCUAUAAUUGUGAGCUUACAUCUCAUAUUUGCCCUUAUUACGAUCUUUUGUUUCUGAUUGGCAGAAUAAAAAGCCAACUUUUUAUACAUUAAAAAAAUGAUAUAAAUGUUUCGGAGUCGGUGUAUACAUAAACCAUGUUUAGAUCGGUGUCAAAACCCACUCACUGGAACACUUUCGUGUAUUAACAAGACGAGCAAAGGGCCUUCCAUUGAAUUCUAUUGGGAUGGUGAAGGGAGGGGUGCAUGGCUUGGAUGUUAAAGAAUGUUUUUUUUAAUCUUGUUCCUGAAAAUGUCCUCAGGUUUUAAUACAGAAUUAUUUAUUGGAGAUGCUGUAUGUUUUAAAAAAAAAUGUGUUGUGAGUCAAAAUAGAAUUGUUUGCCUCCCAAUUCAGAGAACACUAAAUGGGAGGUCCUUGGUGCUGUGUUAGUUAUGUAACUUGGAUGACAGAUGGACAUCGCGGGAGUGAGUUGGGUUUGACAUGUGGAAUGCUGCGUGUGUAACAGUAUUUCAGUUACAGGACAAUCCAAAUUGACGCAGUUUUUAACCACUUUGGUGAAACCCAUGAGCCCAGCAUGAUGCUAACAGAUUAAGCAACAAUAUCAGGCUAAAUCUUGAACUUGAUCCCACAAUCAGUGGAUACUGGGACUGAAAAGGGAUGCAACUCUGCACAAUGAUGUAGCCCUAUUUGAGACAUUAAUUCCCAGCCACAAGUGGAUGUUUUUGUGAGCUUUGUCAGGACAUGUGCUACCUAGAGGUCAAGCUGUCAUUCGCCAUCCUGGCUACAAACAUUUCUCAAAUAGUUGGACAUUGUCUCAAACUACAAUUUUCUUAGGUUUGGGGAUUCAAGAUUAUUUUGUUAAUUGUUUCUUGAAAUUUUAUAUAUGCCUUUAUAUCAAUGCCACCUUUGACGUAUACCAGGUAUUGAGUUAUGAUGCAUGUUAUUUUAAGUGCUGUGGACUUUCGUCAUUUUGAUGGUUAAUAUGGUGUUUGUAAUUGAAGUGCAAAUUACAUGAUUAUAGUAACAUGUGUAAGGUUACCAUGACCUUUUUAAGUCAGAUAACAUGUAUGCUUGAACCACAUUUCCAUUAAGAUACAUAUCAUUAUUUAUUAAAUGCUAUGUACAAGCACCUUGGACUAUCAUUGCUGUACUCAUAUACUACGCAAAAAAAGUGAAGGACCACCCAAAUCUUUCUUUUGACUAUACAGUCAUGUCCCGUUAAUCCGACAUUGUUGGUUGCAUAUGAUUGAUUAUGUCGGAUUAACGAGUAUGUUGGAUAAACGAAAUAAGGUAGUAUAAAUGUUUGUAAUCGAAAAUUGGACAACUACACGAUAGAUAACGAUACGAGCACGUAGGAAAAGGAAAAAUGAAAUAUUCAUAUUGUUGUGUUACAUUGUCAGCCGAAUGUUUUCUAAUCAUGCAACCACUAAAGUUUAACACAAAACUACUGUUACGGACUGUAUGACUGAUUCAAAAUUGACUGAUUUUUAAAGCAAAGUCUUGAAUGGAAGUCGCUAAUUUGAAACUAGUGCCGCAGUGCUUAAGAAUGUUGCUUUCUUCGGGGCUAAUGUAGACUUCCUGUAAGUAAUUUCAUUGGUAGGUCAAAGUUCGUGAAAGGUCGUUCUGACGUGACCUGUAAUGGGAUGUCCUCAGUGGUAGCGAGAACUUGUAUCCAAGUUAAAUGAGAUUUAGGUAAUCUAAGCAUGUGAUUAAUCCUGUU